CAAAAAAGGAUGAGCUUUGUUUUAUAUUCUCUGCGAAUAUAAAAUGACAUUACAUUUUACAUCGAGAAGCCUUUCUUACUCGUCUACAGUUAAAUCCGUGAUUAUAGCUUGAUAGUAUUCAAGGGUGUUCAAUUUGACGACGUUAAUGACUCCGCCUAGCAUGUGCGAAGACAGAUGAAAGACGAUAACAUUUUUAUAAAACGUAAUAUUACGAUAUUGGAAUUUAAAAAUAAUAAACAAGAAACGUAAUAUUAGAAAAGUGAUUCUUAAGGGAUUAAUAUUAAUGAUAUAACAACGAUUAGAGAUAACAAAAUACGAAAAUAAAUAAUUGAUCUUCAAUGGACAGUGAAAAGCAAAAGGAUGAGAUUACUGCUUUGGAAAGCAUCUACAAUAAGGAAGAAUUUUCAUAUUACAAUGAAGAUAUACUUUAUCAAUGUAAUUUCAAGAUAUUUAUAAAUCUUCCUGUAGGAUAUUAUUUUACAUAUAGGGAUAACAGAUAUUCGGAACAACCAGCAGAGAAAGUACAGAUAUCGCAUUUACCACCAUUGUCGUUAUAUGUUACUUUACCAGAAAAUUAUCCUUCCACUUCACCACCCAUGUUUACAUUAUGCACAUCUUGGUUAUGUCAAGCACCACUGUCUAAAUUAUGCAAAAAAUUAGAUAGUUUAUGGGAAGAAAAUAAGGGCCAAGAGAUAUUAUUUGUUUGGAUUGGAUUUUUACAACAUGAAACCUUACAAUUUUUAAAUAUAGAACGAUCUAUUAGUAUGAACUUUGUCUAUACAACUUAUAAAAUAGCUUUGGAAAAGGUACAGAGUUCUCAAAAAUAUUUAGAAGAUCAAAGUUCUCAAAAACGUUUAGAAGAGCACGAAGCAAAAGAAACUAUUGAUAAAGAUAUGAGUAGUAGUAAAAAUAAUAAGAAGAAAUUGCAGAGACAACGUUAUAAAGGAAAAGAACAUAGAAAAAUAGAUAAACGGGCUUUUUCCGAUUGUCCUUUUGGAAAAAAUCCAAUUCAAUUUUUGAUAGAUUACAAUGAAAAACGUAAUCACAUUGAAUUUAAUAAAAGUUUGUAUACUUGCAAAAUCUGUUUUACAGAUAAGUUAGGAGAACAUUGUAUUAAAUUUUUACCAUGUUCUCAUGUAUUUUGUAAACAUUGCAUCAGCGAUUAUUUAGAAGUUAAGAUUAAGGAUGGAAAUGUACAAAAUAUUUCUUGCCCCGAGGAAAAAUGUACUUCUGAGGCAACACCCGGACAAAUUAAAGAUUUGGUUAGUCCAGAAAUGUUCGCCAAAUAUGAUUCUAUAUUGUUAAAUGUUACAUUAGAUACUAUGUCAGAUAUAGUUUAUUGUCCAAGACGUCAUUGUCAAUACCCGGUCAGUCGUGAUCUCAAUGAACAAAUGGCAAACUGUCCUGUUUGUCAAUAUGCAUUUUGUGUCUAUUGUAAAAUGGUGUAUCAUGGAAUAGAACCGUGUAAAAUGAAUUCAGCUGAAAAGCAACAAUUAGUAAAAGAAUAUCAAGCUGCUUCAGACAAUAAAAGACUUCAAAUGGAAACAAGAUAUGGUAAAAAACAACUUCAAAUGUUAGUAGAAAAUACAAUGUCAGAGAAUUGGAUCAAUGUAAAUAGUCAGCAUUGUCCUCAUUGUAAUGCUGCUAUUGAGAAAUCUGAUGGUUGUAAUAAAAUGACUUGUGGGAAAUGCAAUACAUAUUUCUGUUGGUUAUGUGGGAAAAAAUUAAACGCCCAAGAACCUUAUGUGCACUUCCGUGAUCCGGGAUCCGAGUGCUUUAAUAUGCUAUAUCAUGGCUUAAUACCAAAUGAAGAUGGCGAGGACGAUUUUCUAAUUCCUGGAAUAUAUUAUGAUAUAGAUGACAAUAUUCAAGAUUUUUCUGAUGAUGAUGAUUAUGACGAUGGUUUCUUUAUUGAAUAUUAAAGUUUAAAUAAUAUUACAAAAGGAAAAUUAAAUUUAUUUAAGAUCUUCCUACAGUUAUAAUAUGUAUUUUACCCUUAUGCUUCGAUAUAAUUUCCCUCUACUUAAAAUU